AUGCACUUUUCCAGAAUACCUUGUCUUGUCAAUCAAUUUUGUGAAAUCUCAGUUCCUUUUUCGCGUUUUCUCUCAUCGUCGACAAAAAUGGACAUAGCUACACCUCGGAAUGUUAAACUUUCAGGAUUUUUCAGGAGGAGUAAUGCUGUUAUGAAUGCACAAGAACGUAUUCCAAAUUGUUUAACCGCAGUAGCAAAUGAACUCAACUCUAGAAUGCCGGAUAUCAGAUUACAGUAUGGUCAGGAAGCAUCAGAAGAAAUGAAAAAUAUUAUAGCCAAAAUUUAUGCGUUGAAGGAUGAAGUACUACAAGAUGUUCCAUUCAGAAAGUUACUCUCUACUGCCCCUGAUGCAAAAUUUUAUAAUGAUUAUUUGGAGAAAAUGACCAGUCAAGAUUGUAGACCAACAAUGUUACAGACUAUAAGAGUAUACGCUGAGUGCUACGUAUACCGUCGGGUAUGGGAAUGUUUCGAGUUGACGAAUCACUUGAAGCAGUUCGAUCCCUAUGUGUAUUUGAAAAACGAGAUUCUGACCGAUUCCUUCGUUCUAUUGAAGAAAAUGGCUAAAUUUUUUGUAUCUUUGCAAGAAAAUCCAUCAGAAGAUAAAUAUUUCGAUUUCGACAAGUUAUUGAGGAUCAAUCUGUGGAGUAAUAAAAGAGAUAAGCCUCUAAAACAAGAAUAUGUGAGAGAUCGACUGAGAAAUAUCAGAGAUAUAGAUGCUGAUAAUGCCCAUAUUCUCUGUAACAACAGUAAAGCUGCUUGGGUUCUUUUCCAGACCAAUGUUUCAGUAAUGGAAUCCAAUCUUAUAGUAGAUUUCAUCCUCGACAGCUCCGGAUACGAAUUAUUUCAAGACUUUUGCUUGGCCGAUUUCCUCACAAUGAACACUCCGAUUGAAAAAAUUAGAUUUCACGUUAAAUCAAUCCCAUGGUUCAUCUGGAGCACAACAGAGAACGACAUUGACUAUCUAUUCAAUAAAAUGAAGCAAAUGACGAAAAUAUACUUGCAGUCAUUAGUGUCUAGAUGGAUCAACUAUAUCAGACAAGAAAAAUGGCAGAUUGUAGUGAGGAAUUUUUGGUGCCUCCCGAACGAUUUCAGUGAGAUGAAAAAUAUUGAUCCAUGGUUAUAUAAAACUCUCAGUGAAUCAACACUCAUAAUUGUAAAGGGUGAUAUAAAUUAUCAGAAAUCAGUGGGAGAUUACAACUGGAAUCCAGAAACACCCUUCAGUAGAGCUCUUGAAAAUUUCCACCCUUCCAAUAUUAUGUUCGUGAGAAUAUUGAAAUCGGAUCUGGUUUGUGGUCUUGAUGAGGUAGCUGCGAAGAGAGUUGAACUGCUCCACCGACAUAUUUCCAAGGGUUAUAUGGGUAUGAUCCAAUAUGCGAGGAAACCUCCAGAUCCACAAGGUUUUCUAGACUGGAACAAUUUCAAGAAAUUUGAUCCUUACGAGUCACUGAAGCAGACACUAUUUCGGAUUGCUGAUCCUUUGAUACAUAAAACUGCUCAGUAUCUGAAAAACAUUUAUAAACAUCCCAGUCAAGAGGAUAAGGACGACUUCGAGAAGUUAAUUAAACUCCUACUUUGGUCAAAUCAGAGCGAUUACAUUAUGUCAAAAGAAUAUGUUAUAAAGAGUAUGGCCCAGAUACUGAGCACCAAACAAAAAGAAGGUUUCAUCGUGUGCAACCAGCUCGAAGAAGCGUGGAAUAUUAUUUCUGACAGAAGUCAUCCUUCAAAUACCAUUGCUAUCAUUUGUGACAAUGCAGGCUUCGAGUUGUUUCUGGAUUUAUGUGCUGCGGAUUACUUAUUCACUAAUUACUAUGCCAGAACAAUACAUUUCCAUGUCAAGCAUAUUCCAUGGUUCAUAUCUGACAUAACUGAAAAAGACGUCUACUGGAUGUUGCAUCAGCUCAGUAAAAGCCCAGAUAAGAUCUUACAAGACUUGGCAGGUAACUGGAAGGAGCAUUUUAAAACUGGUAGAUGGAAGAUAAUUGUGAGAAAAUAUUGGAUACUGCCCAUUGGAUUUUCUAGGAUGAAAGAGAUAGAUCCUGUACUGUACAAAAUGCUGGAAGAAACAAAAAUUGUUAUUGUGAAAGGAGAUUUGAAUUAUAGGAAAUUAUUGGAAGAUACAAAUAUUGAUCCAUCCACGCCGUUUCGGGAAGCCCUCCGCGAAUUUUAUCCUAGCGAUAUGAUUUUGGUGCGAGUUAUGAAAUGUGAUGUUGCUUGUAAUAUUCCCCGUCAGUAUGUGCAAAAAUUUGAAAAACUCAACGAACAUUGGAUGGAUUGUGGACAAUAUGGCUUGAUACAAUUCGCACCAAAGCCUGAAGAAUAUUGCGACUGCUUGAAAAACUAAUCAUGAAAACAAAACUUAGAUCUACUCUUUUGGUUUAAUCAGGGACACGAUAUAAUUGAAAUAAAAAAUUUGUACUCGUUUUAUUGGCAAUAAAGUUACUUUUAUUUUUU